AUGGCCCUCUCCUCCCGCGCCUCCAAACUCAAAACCCCCGACCCCUCCUUCUCCAUCCUCACCAACUCCUGGCACCCGUCCCUCAACCCAUCGGGCUACGUCAACCUCGCCGUCGCCGAAAACUACCUCAUGCACGCCGCCCUCCAGUCCCACCUCCACGCCCACCUGCACGUGCCCACCACCGCCUUCACCUACGGCGACUUCUUCAAGCGCAGCCGCGGCGCCAUCGCGCGCUUCCUCACCAAGCACCUGCGCGCCGCGUCGCCCAUCGAGACCGGGCACGUCGCCGUGGCCAGCGGGUGCACGGCCGCGGUCGAGCAUCUCGCGUGGGCGUUUGCCGAUCCGGGGGACUUGAUCCUCCUGGGGAGGCCUUACUACGGGGCUUUCCCGUGGGAUGCGACGCUGAGGACGGGGGCGAGGCUUGCGUAUGUCGAUUUCGGCGAGGAUGAUCCCCUAGGAGACGUUUGUGUCCAGAAGUACGAGGACAGAAUCCUCGAAGCUCACUCCAACGGCGAGAAAGUCACGGCCUUGCUGCUCUGUCACCCGCAUAACCCGCUGGGAAGAUGUUAUCCGCGCCACGUCCUGGUCGACCUGCUCAAGCUGUGCGACAAGUACAAGCUCCAUCUCAUCAGCGACGAGAUCUACGCGCUCUCCAUCUUUGACAACACCGUCGACGCGGAGCCUGCCCCGGCGCCUUUCCACUCUGUGCUGUCCAUCGAUCCCACGGGGGUGAUUGAUCCCGCGUACGUCCACGUCAUCUGGGGCAUGUCCAAGGAUUUCGGCGCCAAUGGACUCCGUCUGGGAGCAAUCAUAUCGCAGCACAACGUCGACUUGAUGACGGCCUUGGUCCCCGUCGUGCUUCUCACAUCCGUAUCCUCCCUCACAGAACACGUCCUCGCAAAUGUCCUCGAAGACGACGCCUGGGUUGAGCACUACAUCAAAGAGAACCAGCGCAAACUAUCCACAUACUACGAAUACAUCACCGCCUGGGCGAAGAGCAACGACAUUGUCUAUGCGCCCGGCGUCAACGCGGGGUUCUUCAUAUGGGCUGACCUGGGACGAACAUAUCUCAAGCAUCAAACGGACAAUAAGCCAGAGGCGGACGUCGACCAGGCUGUUAUGGAUGCCUUGUUGAGGCAUAAGGUGUUUCUCGCUUCGGGGUUGAGGUUUGGAUCGGAGAAGCUGGGGUGGUUCCGGAUUGUGUUUUCGCAUGAUAAGGAGUAUUUGGAUGAGGGUUUGAGGAGAAUUGUGGCGGCGGUGACGACGCCUGGGCCGUCGAAGGAGGUGCCGAUAGAUUUGGAGAAUGGCUUGGCAACGGCUGAAGGAGUGUAA